UAUACGUGUUUCUGUUUUCCUUCCAGGUACACCGCGAUGGCUAAGGAAUCUCCUGGGAUCGAUGGGGAUUUCCUUUGUGUUCUUUAUCACUCUCAUGAAGGUCCGCCAGUAUUUGCUGCGGAUCCUUCUAGCAUACAGAGGGUGGAUGUAUGAAAAUGUUCGAGAAGUUUCUAUAAAAACAAAACUAUGGGGACUUACAGUCAAAUUCGUAUCUGGCUACCAGCCGUCUCUGUACUCCUGCCAGCGCUCCUUGCCCAGGAUGCCCGUCCCUCCUCUGGAUGAAACGCUUAGUAAACUCCUUGAUAGCCUGAAGCCCCUGUGCUCCGAGGAGGAAUUCAAGCAGUACUCAAAGGAGGCGGCCGACUUCGAGGGCACCAUCGGGCCCAGACUGCAGCGGCUGCUCCACCUGAAGUCGUGGUGGGCACCCAAUUACGUGUCAGACUGGUGGGAAAAAUAUGUCUACUUGAUGUCACGACUACCGCUAGCAAUCAAUUCAAACUACUAUGCCUUAGACCACUACAUAUGGACUCCAACAAAUAGACAGGUCUCAAGAGCAGCUAAUGUUGUCCAUUCCAUUUUGUACUUCAAGCGCCAAAUAGACAGAGAAGAGCUUACUCCCCUUUUGUUACGGAAUACCAUUCCUGUGUGCAUGGCACAGUAUGAAAGACUCUUUUCUACUGUUCGAGUUCCUGGUGAAGAAAUAGAUGAGUUACUUCAUUUUGACUCCACUGAAUCUCGACAUGUUGUGGUGUGGAGACAGGGACUUUUCUAUCAACUUAAUAUAUAUGAUGACAAGAACCAGAUACUGUCUCCAGCUGAGUUGGAAAGACUCUUCCAAGAUAUUAUUGAUGAUGCAGACAAACAUAAGGAGAGUGUAAGUGAGAGCGAACGCAGUGUUGCUGCCCUCACAGCUAUUGAACGAAGGGAAUGGGCUAGAAUUCAGAAGCAGAACUUUACAUCGGGCAUUAAUAAAGACAAUAUGGAUCUCAUCUUCAAGGCAGUUUGCAUGGUUGUUCUUUUUGACAAGCCACCAGAGAGCAUUGUAGACAAAGGGAAAACACUCCUGCAUGCUGAUGGGCGUACGCUAUGGUUUGACAAGAGUGUCAACUUGUGUUUCUUCUCUGAUGGCCAGUGUGGUUUGAACGUAGAGCAUACAAUGGCUGAUGCACCUGCAAUGGGCCAUGUCUGGGAAUAUGCAAUGACAAUGGAAGUGAUUGAAAAAAGGUAUCUUGACAAUGGACAAGUGAUGCCUCCACCCAAGUCUUUCAAGCAGAGCCACUAUUCCCCACCAAGACGGAUCAUUUGGGACAUUACAGAUGCCCUUGAGAAGGAAAUCAAUAAAGCAGUAGUAAUGAACCAGAAGAAUAAUGAAGAUCUAGACCUAGAGAUCCGUAAUCAUAACAAAUUUGGCAAGGGUAUUAUCAAAAAGGCUCGAGUUAGCCCUGAUGCUUUUAUUCAGAUUGCUCUCCAGCUUGCAUAUUACCGUCAUACGGGCAGAUUCUGCCAGACGUAUGAGGCCUCAGCAACAAGACUGUACCAGAAUGGAAGAACAGAAACUGUGCGAUCGUGCUCAGAAGAUGCUGCUGCAUUUGUGAGAGCAAUGGUUAGUGGGAAAUUGCCAAAGGAGAAUCUGUUGCAUUUGCUGAGGGUGGCUGGAGAACGACACCAGAAGCUGUACCGUGAUGCAAUGAAUGGCAAAGGGAUUGAUCGCCACUUGUUUGCUCUUUAUGUUGUGUCAAAAGGUCUCGGCUAUGAAAGUCAGUUCCUUGAGUCUACUAUCCGAAGACCUUGGACAUUAUCAACAUCCCAGCAGCCUCAGCAACAGAUUCAGGCAAAUACUCCUGACAUAAACUUGGAGCCUUUUAGGAAAAUGUGCUCUCCUGGUGGAGGAUUUGGACCAGUAUCAGAUGAAGGAUAUGGUGUUUCAUACAUGUUACCUACAGAGUAUAAUAUCUUUUUCCAUGUGUCAUCCAAGAGGUCUUGCCCAACCACAGACUCAAGGAAAUUUUCAGACAUCUUGUUUAAGAGUAUGGAUGAUAUGCGGCUCCUGUUUGACAACACAAAGCUUGAGUAAUCACAGGGGUGACUUGCAUAAUGUAAGAAAUAAAAUAUUAUUACAAGCCUGCAAAAAUGCUUAACCCAUUGACCCCUGGAUAUAUAUAUACCAUGUACAGUAUGUUUUUUUUGUCCAUUUCAUUAGUAUGUAUACACAAAGAUGACUUUAAAAGUGUUUACUCAGCAAGGAGCCAGGUACUGGGCCUACUUAAUCCCAGUUCUCUACCCUCUUCCUUGAGUUUUUAGAAAGAUAUUACUUUAUUUUUAUUACUACUAGUAUUGUUAAUAAUGUUACAAUAAUAAUAAUAAUAAUCAUAAUUGUCUAUAAAGAUAAAGGCUAUUAGAAAUGGAUACUUUUUCCAGAAACUGAAGGAAUGGGGGUAAACAGCGAAGGUCAUGUAAGGCUAGUAACUGACUCCUUGGUGAAUAAACACGUGUGGAGCCAUGUAUGGGUAAACAAAGUUGACAAAACAAAACUACAGUGGACAGAACAUGUACCAAGGGCUGGUAGGUUAAGGGUAGUCUUUCAGUAAUUUUAUACCUUUGAAAAUUAUAUUACAAAUAUACAGUUUUCAUUUUUUAAUCUAACUGUGAAGCUCUCUCAUUAGAUAGGCAACUUGAGAUUAAUUGAUAAGACACAUAAACCUCUGAAAAUUAAUUAUUGCUCCCUAGUCAGUUCCCUUAGCUAUGGUGGAAAUAUAUUUUACUGACCAAUCAUGAAGUAUAUAAUUGUGUAUUACAUUUUAAGUGAUGGCUCUUCCAUUGUGUGAAGACAAUUAUAUAUAUACGUACGCAUUUAAAUUUUAUAUAUAUAUAUAUAUAUAUAUAUAUAUAUAUAUAUAUAUAUAUAUAUAUAUAUAUAUAUAUAUAUAUAUAUAUAUAUAUAUAUAUAUAUAUAUAUAUAUUAAAAUGUAAUAUUAGAAUGCAGUCUUUCUCUAUGAAGUUUUUCAAGAUUUUGUUAACCUGCGGUUUUAUAAUAUACAAUUAUCGUGUCAGAGUCCAGAUGUUCAGAUAGUGAUAUUUUUUCUCUUUAUACAUGGUAAGUUGAUCUGGUAGAAUUCCUUUCUACUAAAAUAGCUAGCUUGGUCCAUUAUUUGAUUGUACAAUAUGGAAUUUUAAAGACCUUCAAUAUAAUUUUUUAAGAAAGAGUAGAUGUUAUGUAAAUGAGUUCAUGCAAAAUUUUAUGUUGUCCUUUUCCUAUACUUUUAGUAAUGAUAGAGAUAGUUAAACCACAAUGACAUUGGUAUUAUCAAUAUUCUCUUCAGAUAGAGCUGGCCUUUAAACAUGGUUGAAACCAAGGUGAAGUGCAUUUGAAGUUCACUAUUUAUGUACAUUUCAUAUCAGAUUACAUUGAGUAUUAUAUGGUCAAUUUUAUAUUCAAUGUUUGGUUUAUAUAUACUUUUAUGUAUCUGUGGAUGUCAGUAAAAUGCUUUCUUUAAAGUUUAUGAUUAAAUGUUGUAAAACUGAAGAAUGUAUGUAAAUCAUGCUGACAUUGAAUGAUUUUAUGAAAUUUUGCAAAUCUCCAGUUUUUUUUUUUUUUUUUUUUUUUUCCCCCACUAGUUAUACUUACUACUGGUUUGCAAAAAAGGGCCUCGAGAUUCUUACAAAUUACUUGUUUGUUUACAUGUUAAAUAAAAUUGUGUAAAUUAU